UUCAUGCAGUACGCAGCACUGGAGAACCACAUGAUGCAUAUAAAUUUAGAGCGCGAAGCAGCCCCCUCACAAAUGGAGCCGCGACAUCAGCAACAUGCUCCACAGCAGCAACCUAUGCAAGGUCAACAAUCUCAUCAAAAUCAGGUACAACAACAAGAUCCAGAGCAGAUGCGACAAGAGAUCCGCCAACAGAUCGAACACUAUUUUAGUGCUAAAAACUUGGAGAACGACACAUUUCUAAGAGAAAGAAUGAAUGAGCAGGGUUGGGUCCCAUUGACGCUUAUUGCUGGGUUUAAGAAAGUUUUCUCUAAAACUUCUGAUAUAGAAUUCAUAUUGGACUCUAUACUACCUUCAACUGAGGUUGAAGUAUUGGUAGGUUUUCUUGCUAAAUCCUAAAUUCUUGGUUAACAUGCUAAAUAUCUUAUACUUUCAUGUUUUAUAUAGGACGCGAAAAUCCGAAAGAGCCUAGGGUGGGAGAUAUACCCACUCCCCCUAAAACAACUGAAGUGAAGACACUAUACACCAAUGAUUUUUUGUAUGAUUUAUUUACUAUGAAGAAUUUUAAGCGUUAGCUUCUUGUGAUUUUUGAGAUACAAACACGGGCAAAAAAUAUAUUUUAUGCUAUUAUUAGGGGGAACUGGAAUUUAUCUGUUAGAGACAACUAUAGAGUCUUAUUGUAAUAUCCGGUGAUGAUUUUUUUUUGGAUGCUUAAUGCUUGUUUUGUGGUUUAAGUUUAUUUUCUCUUGCACAUAUUCAUUAUGAUU